GUUCUAUGAUAGACCCAAAGCAUACCUAGUCUAGCAUCAUCUUUUGCACGGUGCCCAACCUGGUGCCUCUGGAAGCCCACCAUGGUCAAUGGCCAGGGAUGAUCGGAGCAGUAGCUCAAGAACAAGGUCUCCCAUCCUUGGUGUAAAUGCACACUGGUGAAAGCUGCCAGUUGUCAAACAUGCUUCCUCUGGCUGUCAUUACAGGCUCUUUGAGCCAAAGAAGUUGAUUCGUCACAUGUAUUUCUCAUCAUCAUUACCAUGCAGGAUCUCCUGAGGCUCUUCCCCUUCUUUGUGAUUCUAACUACAGGUGCUUCUCUGGAGUGUGAAGUUUGCUACGGCCUUGGGACCAGAUGCAGUGGCAAGAUGGCGACCUGUUCUCCUAAGAAAGACACCUGUGUCAUUGCAUUUGCUGAAAGUACUCUGGAAGGACGUAAAAUUCGCACUGUAGAGAAAACCUGCGAUUCUUCAAAGGUCUGCUCCACCCCCUCAGCGUUCUUUUAUCUUGGGUUGGGGAGAACCUUCAGGAUGUACUUGGUCUGUUGCACGGGGGACAACUGCAAAAAUGCCAAGCCUAAAUUACCCCAAGUAGAAAGGAAGGUCAAUGGAAAGCAAUGCCCUACCUGUUACUCCUCGUCAGAGGUGUGCCAUGCGAAGCUGGUGAAUUGCACCGGCUUGGAGAGCUAUUGCUUUGAUGUGGCCACAAGCACCUACAUUAAUGGACAACGGCAGCGCAGUAUCAUGAAGGGGUGCACUACUAAGUCCAUCUGUGCUUCAAUAAACAGAGGCCAGGCCGACCUCUUAACAGGUGCGGACGUUGUUGAAAAGGCCACCUGUACUCCAGAGAUUUCAAGGGGAUCUCAGUCCUCUGCGCUCCUUCUGCCAACCUUUCCGGUGCUUCUGCUGCAGAAGAUCCUUUCGUAAAAGGCUCCCAGGGGGACUGCGUCAGCUCUGCAUCCGUCUAUGCUUGCCUUGUAUCCGCUUAGCACUUUCUCUUAAUGAUGUUGGGCCUUUCAGAUAGAUUUCCCUUGCUUUCCUCAAUGACAGUAAAAUAAACCAGGAUUCAAACAAAAUCUGUCUGAGCGAUUUCCUUUGUCCGCCUUUACAAAACAAGUACCCACCAUCACAAAUUGGUAGCAAAUCUAAAUUCUUUGUCGCUUUACCCUCUCUCCUCCUUAAAUUCGUGGGUACCCCCCCUUCCCUAUUCAGCCACUGCCUUCUUUCUUCUUUCCGCUUCUUCCCUCCUUGUCCUGCGUUCCCUCGACGUCCUGCUCCUCCCACGUCACCUGCAGCCUCUAUGCUUUCUCCACGGCUUCUUUCUGCUAUGUAAACUCUCCUAUGUCCCUUCUCCUCUCUCCUUCCCAGCUCAGCUAUUGCUUCGCUUCCCCCUCCUUUCUUAAUCUCUCUUUGUUUGAUGCAUCGUUAGUCAAUAUCCCUUUCCCUUUCUGCAAUCUCCGUCGCAGGGUUCUUUGCACACACUUUGAUUAAAUCCCCACACGGUGAGACUCAUUUAUAAUUUUUUGUUAUCACUGUUCUUACUUAAAAUAAAGCUUACCAGUCCCCUUUUC